CAAGAUAGGUGGUUUUGUGUGACUGAAGCCAGGCCAUUUAGGGGUAAUUAAUCACGCACACUGAGUUUGAGGGCAUUGUUUAAAAUUACGUGCCUUCUGCUGAAUGACGUCAAAGAGAUAUUAUUAAAGUUCUUCGCGCUCAGAGCGUAUAUAAAGGAACCUUCAGCUCUUCAAGUUCACAAUCGAUGCAUCCAUAGAUUAGAAAAACAGUAAGGUACGCUUGGAUUAAAGUAAAAAAGUGAGCGUAAAAAAAUGAUUCUCAAGAAUGAAAUACAGGGUAAUAAAGUGCAAGAAACUGCAGCGUUAGUUCAAAGUUUGCAGGCCUCUCCAAGAUCAUGUAUAGCAGUGAAAAUCGAUGUUUUAAGAGCCAGAAACGUAACUCAAGGAUGGUACGACUGGAUCGAUACACCAGAUCCGUAUUUGAUGAUGAGAAUCCCUUCGUCAGCUGAAAUUGUCAAAAGAACAAAAUGCGUUUCAAACAACAAGAACCCCGAGUGGAAAGACGAACCAUUUGUCUUUCAUAUUGAUCCUGAAGAAAACAAUGUUCUAGAGCUUACCUUAUGGGAUGAAGAUUACAAUGCUGAUGAUCAAAUAGGUAGUGCGGUCUGCUUGCCGCUUAAUAAUUUACAGCUAGGAAAACCGGAGCGAAGAACUCUAAAAUUUGGAGAGUAUUCUGAAGUCGACAUUAUCCUGGAGGCAUCCACAGUAUCUGGAGAGUAUGCUGAUCUUCGUUACAGUUCAGAACUUUGCGAUGAAGAGAAAGAAUUCAGAGAAAAGAGAAAAGCUAUCGUAUUUGAGGCCAUGAAAAGAUUGUUGGGAGAACAAGGGCCACAAAACAUGGAUGAGGUUCCUACAAUAGCCGUCCUUGGCUCAGGGGGUGGUUUCCGAGCCACGACAGGCUUCAGCGCGGCUUGUCGCGCCCUUGAUGAAAUGGAUCUUUUAGAUUCCAUCACUUAUUUAACCGGUUUAUCCGGUUCAGCUUGGGGUUUAUCGUUGUUAUACUCUCAAACAGCGGGGGAGAAAAUUGACUCCAUGGAGACCCAGAAGAAUGUCAGAGAACAACUACAGUGGGGACCCAUGUGGUUACUCACUCCCCGGAGGGUGAUGCAAUAUGUAAGAGAUAUCACCGAAAAAUGGAAGAAAGGACAGCCUGUUAGUCUGACAGACUUUUAUGGCCAUUGUGUCGGAGAAAGCCUUUUAGGACCUAAAAAGAACUCAGUAAAACUAAGUGAUCAACAAGGGAAGGUUGCAAAUGGAGCAGUCCCCAUGCCAAUAUACACUGCUCUUAACUCGAAAAGAGAUGUAUCAGCACAGUCAUAUGCAGAAUGGGUGGAGUUUACCCCUUACGAGAUUGGAAUGGACAAGUAUGGCACCUUUAUGAAGACAGAACUUUUUGGAAGUAAAUUCUUUUGUGGGAAACUCAUCGAGAAGUUCCCUGAAUCUCCACUUUAUUAUUUGCAAGGAAUCUGGGGAAGUUUUUACGCAAUCCUGCUGCAGAGAGUUCUGAACCAAGAAAAGCAGAUAAAUACGGAACAAGAUAACGAGAAACUUCUAUUAGAGCGACAGUUUCUUUCUGAAAAGAACAACAAAAACGAUGAUGAUGAUGACGAUAGUGAUGAUGAUGUCGAUAAAGGCGUCGGUGACGUUGGCGGGAAAAGAAACAAAAUUGAUGUUGGAAGUUCUCUGAUUGCCAAGCUACAAAAAGACGUUGAAGCAGAUGAAGAACUCCACAAGUUGGAAGGCAAAGCGACAAAAAACCAGAAAAAGGAGAAGAAAGAGUUCCGUAGAAAAGUGAUAGAUUAUGUACUUGAGAAGUUACCAGGUCUCCAAACUCGGUCAAAAAGAGCAGGGCUGGUCCAUAACUUUCUUCGAGGCCUGGGGCUUAAUGGAGCUAAAGAGUACACAGACGGAGCAGCAACACAGUGUCUCUUUGGAAAAGAUAACUUGAAGAGAAAACGAAUGGAACUCAUCGAUGCAGGACUGAUGUUUAAUUCACCCUACCCACCCCUUCUGAGGAAACAGAGGUCCGUUGAUCUUAUUCUUUCAUUUGAUUUUAGCGCCAGAGAGUCUGACGAGGAAAGGCCAUUUAAGAAUAUCAAAUUAGCGGAAGACUGGGCUAAACGAAACGGGCUCCUUUUCCCGCCAAUUGACGCAGACGAACAGUUUGACAGAGACGGAUGGAAGGAAUGUUACGUGUUCAAAGAUCCUACAAACCCCGAGUGUCCAAUUAUACUUCACUUUGUCCUUGUAAACAAGACUUACAGAGACUUUGUGAGACCAGGAGUCCCUCGAACUACUAAGGAGGAACAGAAAGCUGGUGAUUUUCCAAUAUUCAACGAUCCCAACAAACGGUUCAGUACCUUUAACUUAAAGUAUUCGCACGACAUCUUUGAUCGGCUCAGUGGCUUAGUUGAGUUUAACACGGCAAUCAACGAACAGCUUAUAAAGGAUGCCAUGGUGGAAUGUGUGCAGAGAAAACAAACACUCAUCCAGUGACCUACCGAAGUCUCAAUGGAUCCCAGAUGUCUUGAGUGCGAUGCAAAGUCCCGGAUAUUCAUGACGAAUUGGAGGGGAAUGGGGAUUACAUACCAGAAUUUUUUCUGCGUAGAGUGUUUCGUUAUUUUUUUACAUUUCAUUGUCUGCAAAGAGUGGUGACCCAUCGUGGAGAUUUUAACUAUGUGUACUUAAUGCAAUCAGAGAGAGGCACGAUCUGCGUUGCUUGCAGAUUUUACAUGGGAAAUAAGAUGUAAGGAAGAAAUUGAAAAUGUCUAGCAACAUUUACAGUUCUUUAGAAAAAAAAGAGAAACUAAGUUUUCAUACAUUUGAUUUUACAACGGAUAACUCACUCAAUUAACAUGCGUUCACUAGUUAAAGUUUGUAAUCAAGAAAUUUUGUCCGAGUUCAAGACACAAACUACUGUGAACGUCGAAAAAUUCUUUUUAAAAUGGACAGAUUCAUUUUCGCUUAAAUAUAAAUCAAGUUUAACAAUUAAUUUAUUACGUUUUCUAUUAAUAUGUACGAUAAGAAAGAUUUGAUGAAUUUUUAAUUAUUAUAAAGAAUUUAUUUGAAA